AUGUUCCCGCAGGGAAGUCGUUCUGACGUGUUUUCGAAGGAUUAUGGAAGUCGAAACCGGGUGGCCAAAGGUGUGCAGUUCUAUGACUGGUCCCGCUGGCAGCAGGAAUUGGUGGAUGGCGUUCUUUUCGAAAAUGCAACACCUGGUGUCCGAGAGUUCGAAAACCUUUCCCUCCGACGUCCUUUGGAAUAUUAUGGUGAUCGUGAUUUCAUGAAUGAAGUGCAGUUUCUCGGAGCGUUGGGAUACACCAUGGGUCAAGUCGUCAAUAACCCUCCUUGUUCGAAGUGUGAGGCAGGCGUGACAGGUCGCAACCAGACGGAACCCGUCUUCCCAGAGUGCGUUUCGGUCAUGGCACGGGAUGACAUGGAUCCUCACAGUGCUUCGACACGAUGGUUGUUGGCUGGUCAUUGCGCAACUUGCGCUCUUCGAGGCCAGAAGUGUUCCCUUCAGCGCGUGCAUCGAAAUUCGCAAGCAUCAUCUCAACGCGGUGCUGUGAAGCGUGAGGUGAAGCAAGAUUCUGGUGGUGGUUUCGAUACACCGCCGGUCCGCCGGGUGCAGCAUGGUUUCGAGGUGCCCGAUGAUGAAGAGGUACCGCGUCGUGGCACGAAGGAAGUGGGGUUUGGUGGUCGUCAUCGAGGGAUUUUCUCGCCUGGAGCUGAAGAUCGGUAUCCUGAGAUGAUUGUUCGAGGCCCGAGUGGUGAGCCACUGUUCAUUCAGAUGCCGGACGUGGACUACAGCAAUGCUCAGGUUCGAAAUGCCAUCCUUCAACAAUUGGCAUACAUCAGCGGCCAACUGUUUCGAAAUCCAAAUGUGAGUCUCAGAUCUCCGACAGGAUUUCAAUGGCAAGCCUCGAGUGAGCCUAACCGUCGUUCUGCUGGUCGGUCCUUCGACCCUGCUCCUGCGUUGACUCCGCCACGACGAGAGUCCGUGUAUGAACCGGGUUCGAUGGCAGCACAGGCCAUGGAGAAUAUGGAGCGAGAGGCAAGUCAAUCGAGAAGUCGUCAAGGAACUACGACUCCAGGUCCUUGGGACAUGCGAGACUCGAACGCUGGCUUAGCGUCGAGCCCGAUGGCAUCCUCUCAGGCAUUCGGUGGCCAACGUGUUCAACGGUCCAUCGAAAGUGGUGCUCAACAUGGUGGUGUUCAACGUGGUGGUUCUCAGCGUGGUGGUUCUCAGCGUGGUGGUUCUCAGCGUGGUGGUUCUCUUCAGUCGCCUCGAGGCCGUGGCAGUUCGACGCACGGUCUUUCUCCUCGAGGGCAGCGAGGUGGUGCUUCAUUUUCGAAUGACAGUCGAGAUUCGUACAAUCUGCGAAAGCGUUGA